AUUACUACAGGUAGACGAACAGGUGCUCAGUUUCGCCGACGGGUUCAGAAUAUAUCCCUCACUACGGACUGAUUUAAUUUUAGGAAGUAAUUUAGGACAUUAAACAACGAGCAAGGGAGAAGUGUAGAAAGAUGGCCAACUUUAAGGGACAUGCUCUUCCUGGGAGCUUCUUUCUGCUGUUUGGCCUGUGGUGGUCUGUGAAACACCCACUCCAACACUGCUGGAGGAAGCAACAGGCCAAAGGAAGACAGAAACCGCACCCAUUCUUCACAAGAAUGGACUUAAUUGAAGGGAUCAUCAAAAUCUUCUUUGCCUUUGUUGGCAUAAUGGCUGAACAGUUUGUGCCAGACGGCCCACAUGCCCAGCUUUACGACCACGAGGACCAGUCCUGGGUGAAGUUGAUGAACUGGCAACACAGCACAAUGUACCUGUUCUACGGGAUCUCUGGAAUUGCAGACAUUCUCAGUUUCUCGUCACCUUCCGCUCCUCCAGGUCUAGACCGGCUUGGUCUCUCCAUGGCUCUCUUUGUCGAAGGGUUCCUGUUUUACUUCCACAUCCACAUGCGCCCCCCCCUGGACUCUCACAUCCAUUCCCUGCUGCUGGUGGCUGUGUUUGGGGGCUCCGCCAGCACCCUGCUGGAGGUGUUCCUAAAAGACAACCUCCUCCUGGAGCUUAUUAGGGCCAGUCUGGCAGUCCUUCAAGGCUCCUGGUUCUACCAGAUUGGCUUUGUGCUGUAUCCGUUAAAUGGACAAGAGUGGAAUCUGGAGUUGCAUGACAACGUCAUGUUUGUCACAAUGUGCUUCUGUUGGCAUUUAGCCAUGGCUCUGAUGAUUGUGGGAGGGAACUUCUCCUUGGUCUUGUUCGCUGUCAAACGAUGUUCCGGGACACCCAGUGACAUCGAAAUCGGAAUGAAAAAAACCUCCUCCAGUUCCAGUUCUCACAAAGCACUGCUGCAAGAGUCAGAUGAAGAGUAGACUCACUAUGAAGAAUUACUGCAAGGAAUUCCCUACUUUUUUAUGCUUGAGUAUGUUGAUUGGCCAUGGUUUAGAAGACAUGGCUAACCAAAUCACAUGUCUUCUACUUGCACAUUUAUACUUUCUUUACUUUCUCCUCCAUAAAAUAAAUAAAAUGUAGAAAACUUAUUACAAUCUGAGAUGGGAGAGAAAAGACAUUCAGACAAUACGUGAAAUUAUAAUGCACUGAAAUAAGCAACUGUUCUCAGAAUACCAAAAUACAAUCAUAUAGUGUUUUGUGUUUUAAAAUUCUGACAGCAGGUUAACAUUGUUCAGUUCAAGCAAGUUAAACAUUUACUCUGGUCCCACCUGUUUGCUGAGUUGAAUUCUCUUCCUGAAACGUCCAAGCUGAUUGUCACAAUGCCAUAUGGUUCAUUUCAAUAUCCUUAUUUACAAUACUACUACUGUGAUGUUCACAUAAAA